AAACACGCUAAUAACACUUCAAAAUGGAGAAUUCUUGGCCUUUCAAUUCCUUCCUUUUGGUCCCAACUCUACUCUUCACUCUCCUCUUUUGUCUCAACCUCUUCUACCACCGCAAACUCAACCUACCACCUGGCCCAAGCCCAUGGCCCAUCAUCGGUAACCUAAACCUCAUCGGCUCACUUCCGCACCAAUCCAUCCACUCUCUCGCCAAAAAAUACGGGCCGAUUAUGCAACUCCGAUUCGGAUCAUACACUGUGGUCGUGGGCUCUUCAGUUGAAAUGGCAAGAUACUUCCUCAAAACAUAUGAUCACAACUUCGCUUCCAGGCCUAAAACCGCUGGAGGCAAGUACACAACCUACAAUUAUUCGGAUAUGGUUUGGGCACCAUAUGGUCCAUAUUGGCGCCAGGCACGUAAAAUGUGUCAAAUCGAGCUGUUUAGUGCAAAACGUUUAGAAUCAUUUGAGUAUAUCAGAAUAGAAGAGACAAAAUUAUUUGUGAACGGCCUGUUCAAAUCAUGUGGCAAGCCUAUUAUUUUGAAAGAUCAUUUUUCUAAUCUUAGUUUGAAUGUGAUUAGCCGGAUGGUGUUGGGGAAAAAAUACACAGAGAAAUCAGAGAGUGAGAUUGUGACACCAAAAGAGUUUAAGGAAAUGCUUGAAGAAUUGUUUUUACUAAAUGGGGUGUUGGAUAUUGGAGAUUCGAUUCCGUGGGUUGGGUUUUUGGAUUUACAAGGUUAUAGGAAGAGGAUGAAGGCAGUGAUGAAGAAGCUUGAUAGGUUUUAUGAGCAUGUGCUGGAUGAGCAUGAUGGUAGGGGGAAGAAUACGUCUAAAGAUAUGGUUGAUGUGUUGUUGCAGCUUGCUGAUGAUCCUAGUUUCCAAGUUAAGCUCCAAAGACAUCAGAUUAAGGCUUUAAUCCAGGAUCUUUUAGGUGGUGGAACCGAGAGCUCAAUGGUGACUCUAGAAUGGGCAAUUUCCGAGAUUCUGAAAAAGCCAGACAUUUUCAAGAAAGCAACUGAAGAGCUCGAUAGAGUUGUUGGGAGAAACAGAUUAGUACAAGAAAAAGACAUUAGUAAUCUUCCAUUCAUAGAUGCGAUUGUGAAAGAAACAAUGCGUCUACAUCCUGUGGCACCAAUGUUGGUACCUCGAGUAGCUAGAGAAGAUUGCAAUGUUGCUGGUUAUGACAUCCUCAAGAACACUCGUGUGCUCGUUAAUGUGUGGAGUAUAGGGAGAGAUCCCGCCGUAUGGAGUCGACCCGAUGAAUUUUGCCCUGAGAGGUUCAUGGAGAAUAAGGAGAUUGAUGUUAUGGGACAUCAUUUUGAGCUAUUGCCAUUUGGUGCGGGGAGGAGAAUGUGCCCUGGUUAUAGUCUAGGACUCAAGGUUAUUCGAUCAAAUUUGGCUAAUCUUUUACAUGGUUUUGCAUGGAAAUUGCCAGGUGAUAUGAAGCAUGAGGAUUUGGAUAUGGAGGAAAUUUUUGGACUAUCAACUCCAAGAAAAUUUCCACUUGUUGCUGUCCCUGAGCCUCGACUGCCGCUUCAUGUUUACUCUUUAUGAUUCACUUACAUCUCAAAUAUUCUCGUCCUAAAUUUGUCGUCUUUAAGUAAUGCAGCAUCGCUAUUAAUAUAUCAUUUGGAAUAAAAAAUUUAAGAUUUAACUUGAGAUCUAUAA